GCCAUUGGAAUUCCCUGUGCGGACAAACCAGAUUCCUCGCCAGAUUCCUGAGCAAAGUUUCUACACACAGCCCAUUCCAGGUAUCAUCAUGGGAGGGAUCCUCCCCUUUGGUUGCAUCUUCAUCCAGCUCUUCUUCAUUCUCAACUCAAUCUGGUCAAGUCAGGUGUACUACAUGUUUGGAUUCCUGUUCCUGGUUUUCAUCAUCCUGCUUAUCACCUGCUCUGAGACUACUAUACUCCUCUGCUAUUUCCACCUCUGUGCUGAGGACUACCACUGGUGGUGGAGAAGUUUCCUGACAAGUGGGAGUACUGCAUUGUACCUCUUCAUCUACUGUGUCCACUACUUCUUCACCAAGCUGGACAUCAAGGGGGGGAUCUCCACUUUUCUGUACUUUGGAUACACCUUCAUGUUUGUCUUUCUCUUCUUCCUUCUCACUGGAACCAUUGGCUUCAUGGCCUGCUUUUGGUUUGUGCGCAAAAUCUACAGUGUUGUCAAGGUGGACUGAAAAUAGUUUCUGCACUCUACAUGCACUGCUCCCAUGUGAUAAUCCAACAGCUGGGUGGUUUUUCUUGUUUAGCAUUAUGUAGUUUUCAUCUCAAAUGAAAAUUUCCCUCUGUGAAUGGCGAUCAGCUCCUCUCGUUAUAGAUUCAUAUUGAUCCCUCCCUUGGUUCUUGUUAUUUAUAUGCAAAAGUUUUGCACCUUUGUGGGCAUUGGAGCAGAGAGUGCUCUGUUUUGAAUGUGGUUUUCUCCCUUCUAUUGCGAUGGUGAUCAUGUGAUUAUGUUUUAAGCACUGAUGAUAAUCAUAGUCUUAUUGAAAAUUGAUUUGUAUUAUCUGAAUGAAGCUGCACAUAGAAGGUAGGGAAUUGUGGCUUUUGUGUUUUGGUUGUACCAUGGGAAUGAAAAGAGAAGGAGCAGAGAUUGCAGCAAUGCAAUCUGGGUUUCUAAAGGGCCCUCCUGGCUUGAUUGAUUCAGGACUUUCAAUGGCUGAAACAUGUUCUGAGUAUUUUGAUGGAGAUCAUUUCUUGGGGCUGAGCAUCUUAUUUUAAGGAGUAUACGGACAACAAAUCAUGUUUUCUAAAUGUGUUUUGUGCGAACUAUUAGAAUGUGAUGGCAAAGUACUUAAUACUGGAGAGAAUAGUAUAUAUUUUUUCAAGAUGAUAUUGGGUGUAAGGUGGUUCAUAUUUAACCCCAGCAUUUUCAAGUUCACCAUGUCUCCCACUCCUACCUGCUGCUUUGUGUCAGCUUAAAAUUUUGCUUCUUUCUUUGGUAUUCCCUGCUUCUAAUAGCUGAUCAUAUCCAGAGAAGGUGUGAAUAAAGCAGCACGUCGUGCC